ACGGCCUUAGCGAAAGACACUUGCCCUCCGGUGCCGAUGACGAAGACUGGGUGUAAAAACUCAAGCAUAAUGGAGGCCGAAGUUCGAGAUCAACAUGAAUGACAAGUACCACAGGGCAGCGCGAGAUGGCUACCUGGACCUGCUGAAAGAGGCCACGCGGAAGGACCUGAACGCGCCGGAUGAAGAUGGCAUGACACCGACGCUAUGGGCCGCGUACCAUGGCAACCUGGACGCGCUGAGGCUCAUAGUGGCCAGAGGAGGGAAUCCUGAUAAAUGUGACAUAUGGGGGAACACGCCACUCCACCUGGCUGCAUCCAAUGGCCAUCUCAACUGCCUGUCCUUCUUGGUGUCCUUUGGUGCAAACACAUGGUGUCUUGACAAUGACUACCACACGCCACUGGACAUGGCUGCCACCAAGAACCACAUGGACUGUGUACGCUACCUGGACUCCAUUGCUGCCAAGCAGACAGCGCUCAAUCCGAAACUGGUGGCCAAGCUGAAAGACAGAGCCUUCCGUGAUGCAGAACGUCGGAUCAAUGACUGUGUCAAGAUGCAGCGCAAGCACCACCGCCGCAUGGAACGGAAGUUCCAGAAGGAAGCCACAGAUGCUUCGCUUUCGGAUGCCAUGAGCUUCUCCAGCUACACGAGCAGCACUUUUAGCCGCAAGCUGCACCCCUUCAACACUGCCACCAGUGUGCCAUACUCACAGGCUACCCUUCAUGCCACAGCCAGGGGCAAAACCAAGAUCCAGAAAAAGUUGGAAAAGAAGAAGCAGGGUGAUGGGACCUUCAAGAUCUAUGAAGAUGGAAGGAAGAGUAUGCGCUCUCUUUCUGGUCUCCAGCUUGGUAAUGAUGUCAUGUUCCUAAAGCAGGGUACCUACGUAAACCCAAAAGACCGUGGUCGGCGAAAUGUCCGUGAUAUGUUUCCACGGGAUAACGAAGAUGCCAUCUCGCGUGCCAUCAGUGAGCCAGACCUCCACGGGGCAGACUUGGACCACUCAGAGAUCAGCACAGACUCAGGUCAUGACUCGCUUUUCAACCGGCCAGGCCUGGGUACCAUGGUCUUCCGGCGGAACUAUGUGAGCGGGGGACUCUUUGGCAUAGGCUCUCGUGAUGAAGGCAGCAUGGCCGGCAGUGGGAGGGCACCGAACGUCCGUCUGCGUAGCCGUCUUCAGCGAUCCCCAAGUUUAGAUGAAGACAGUAUCGGCAGUGCUCGAAGCCUCCAAGCAAGGAACAUGGAGGAGCUUCCCUGGGGUGAUGUGGAAUUAGGACUGGAUGAUGACGAUGAGCCAGAGAGUAGUCCACUUGAAGUAUUCCUGGCUGCACAAUGCAUGAACGAGUUCAUCAAUAUUUUUAAGCGAGAGAAGAUUGACCUGGAUGCACUGCUGCUGUGCUCUGACAAUGACCUCAAAAGCAUCCACAUUCCCUUGGGACCCCGUAAAAAGAUCAUUGAGGCGUGUAAGAGACGCCUGGAGACUAUCGAGGAUCCUGACAGCAUAGAAGACACAGAGUUAUAGCACAAAGGACUUGUUGCACUAUGAAUUUGGCCAUACCGAUGGCAUAUGUCUUGAUUCAAGUGCAACAGAACAUAAAGACACGCACACUGAAAGGAAGUGUAACUUUUUUUGGGGG